UAACUACUUAGCAAGAAAUCUCCAGGGGAGGAGUUCUCUUCUUUCAAAUGAAGUGCUUUGAAGAAAAGGUUUUGUGAUGAUAGGUUCCAUGGGUGGUUGUUGUGGCUGUAUUCAGUUAGCUUGACAGUUCCGGCAGGAUGGGUCACCAGCAGCUCUACUGGAGCCACCCCAGGAAGUUCGGCCAGGGCUGCCGCUCAUGCUGCCUGUGCUCGAACCGCCACGGCCUGAUCCGCAAGUGCAGGCUGAACAUGUGCAGGCAGUGUUUCUGCCAGUAUGCCAAGGACAUCGGCUUCGUCAAGUUGGACUAAACACUUCUUAAGUAGAUGAGCUGUCAUAAGAAGACUUCUGGACAUAAUUCUCUGCCUAAUUUGGAUAACUGGGAAUGCUAAAUAUACCAAGUCUUUGACAUGCUAUUUUGUGUAUAAAAUAAAAUGGCCUAACAGUCUUUCUCUCCUUCUCCCCCACACCCCCCACAAAAAAGAAUCAUGAUGGAGAUAGGAUUAAUGGUGCUAAGACAUUAUAGCAUCAUCACCACCAAAGAACUCUGUCCAUGCUGCAUACUGAAUGGUUUCUUGAAAAACUGUUCUUUAAGACAUCUGACUUUAGCAGUUGAAUGGUGGGGUUUUUUCACCUUAUUUUUAUGUUGUAAACUGUAGAGUGAGCAUGGGUUUUGUAUCCAUAACAUUUGCUAGUUUGCUUUCAAGAGCGUCCCUUGGUGUCUGGAAUACAUUUUUUGAAACAAACUCACUUAACACAAGCUAAUAUUUUCACUAUUCUUCCCUAUUUCUCCCCUCUAUUUCAGAUAAAGAUAACUUGUUGCAGAUCAGGGAAUAAAUGCUCCUAAUGUAUACUACUUGUUGUUUCACAUCAUAUAAAACAACCAAUCUUUGCUAUAGAAAUAUUUUUGAAUAAUCCCUCCUUUAUUAUUUGCUUGUAAUAUCCCAUUGUUAUAGAAAAGGGAGUUGAGGCAGACCUUUUACAGUGGAAAAUAAAAUCAUAUUAAACAACUGGAAACUCAACAAAAUAGGCUUUUCAAUGAUCCAUUACAUAAUAUAUGUGUGUAUAUGUACAAUAUAGGAGGCAGUAUGGACUGAUGGCCUGAGCACAGCUGGAAUCCAGAAACUCUAGAUUUUGAAUCCUGGCUGUAUCACUGUGUUCCAUUCUCUGUUGUGAACAUAAAUAAGGCAGGGGAGGACACAGGAACACUUGUAGUACCUCCAGGGUCUAAAACUCCUUUAUUUUAAAAAAUGUCUAAACUUCAAGUUAAUGUCCCAUUACUUAAAUCUCUCACAUCCAUGGAGUUGUAAUUACUUUUUCAAGCUCCCAAAAUGUGCUGUUCCCUCACAGAAACAAUUACGGAUGUAAUCUAUCCCUAAAGAGUCUGAGUUUGAUGUGACAAUGUAUGGGGGAAUCAAGAGAAGGGGAAAGAAAAGGACAAUGAUGACAAUAAGAGCAUACAGUUAUGUGAACCAGUGAGGCAUGAACACAUUUUUAAACUUGUAUUUUAAAACAAAUAUUUUCUACCUUCCCCUCAGUUCUGAUAAAUAUUGCAGAAGAAGUGAGUUUUAGGGAGUAAUUUGAAUUGAAGCAGAAGAGAACAUUCCAGCUUAAGGGGUGCAUAAAGCUUCCCAUAAGUAUACCACAUAUAUAACCUAUAUAUAGUGUGAAUUUAAGAGCUACCUUAGUCGCUAGUCGUGAUAACUUGAGUGACUAGAAUGUCGUGAACAUUGCCUUGAAUGCUAGUCUAAACUAUAUUCUCUUUUUUUUUGUUUUUCACUGUUAACUGUCUAGAAUAUGGUACUUUUCUAACCUACUGUUUCUUUGCCUCUUAAAUUUUUAAACUUGCUGUUGUAGUCUGUAAACAAAUUUUUAAAAAUCAAAUGCUUUUUAUGCAAGA